AUGAUCACUCACGCACACUUGCCCAUCACCCGCAGCGUCGACCUCACCUAUGAGAUCACCAACGCGGCCCUGGACUUUACCCGCGCCACGAUCGAGGCCGCCGCCGCCCAGGCGCGCGAGGCGCGCAGCCGCCAGCUGCUCCUCGAGCUCGAAGCCGAGGAGGACCGCACCCGCGCGGAGGCCGAGGCGGCGGCGGCCGCCGCCGCGGCCGCCGGCGCGUGCGACGCGAAGCACGCGGGCGGCGCCACCGGCGGGCGGCCCGGCGGCAAGAAGGGCGCGGUCAAGACAGCCAAGGAGGCGGCGGCGCGAAAGGCGGCCGCCGCCGCGGAGGAGGCAGCGGCGCGGCGCGAGGCGGAGGCGCGGGCGCGGCAGGCGGCGCUUGAGGAGGCGCGGCGGGCGAGGGAGGCGGAGUUAGAGGCGGAGCUGGAGCGGCGGCGCCACGAGUUGGUGGCCAUCGAGGCCGCGCGCGAGGCGGACCUGAUGCGGCGCGAGCAGGAGCUGAUCCGCCGCGCGCAGGAGGCGUCGCUGCGCGAGCAGCAGCAGCAGAAAGAGCGAGAGGCGGCGGCCGCUGCGGCGGCGGCAGCAGCGGCGGCGGCGGCGGCGGCGGCAGCGGCGGCCAAGCGCACCGCAGCUGCGGCUGCGGCGCCGGGGCCGAGGCAGGCCGGCGCGGCUGGGGCCAAGGGCGCCGCUGUCGCCCAGCUGCAGGGGCCGGUGCAGAGGCCAGGGCCCGCCGUCCCAUCAAGCAGCCGCCGCCGCCGCCGCCGCAGCAGCAGCAGCAGCAGCAGCAGCAGCACGCGCCUGCGGCCGUAA